AAGAAAUGGAAGAACUGCAACGAAUUUAUAGUACAGAUCCUGAAACGACCAGCAUCUCAUUAUCAAAUUUCCAAAUAAAUGAUUUGGGUGAAUUGUUGCCUCUAUUAUCUCAGUUCAAGCACAUGAAGGCAUUGGACUUAUCGAAUAAUUCAAUUGAUGAAUUUCCUCAGAACCUGAGUAGCCUAUCUAGUUUAGAAGCACUGAACAUCAAUGGAAAUCUUCUGAAAGAUACUUAUUUUACGAUAGAGUGCUUAGCAUCAUUGCCCAAGUUGAUCUCACUGAAUAUAAACCUCAAUGAAGAGGAGCAAGUAGAUUAUAUCAUGAAUAAGCUUCCUGAACUACAAAUUCUGAACGAUCUCCAAGUUGAAAGAGAUGAAGAAGAGGAAGAAGAGGAGGAAGAUGAUGAUAAUGAGAGAGUACUCAUUCAGAAUGAAGUUUCCCAAUCUCAACAGCCUCCUCUUGAGGAAAUGGAUAAUCAUAUAAAUUCCAUUGAACCUCUUGAAAUCCCUCAACCAGGAGUAGGACCUCAACAGACACAUAAUGAAAGCGAGAAUAUAGAAGAAAACGAUAGUUUUGGCUCCUCUCCACAAAAAGAUGAUGAUAAAUCAAAUAUCCCUCUUGCUGAGCUUGAGAAAGUAGCUAUACUGUACGAUUCUAUCAGAGAUUUGCAUAAGAGAAAGAACCCAAGCAAAGAUCAAGAACUAGCAAGAGACUUUGAUCAUCAUUUGCAAAGAGUUAUGAAGAACUUAUACCAAUCUGUAAAGAACUCCAAUGUGCCUGAAACUAUUAAGAAAGUCAAUGGUUUCAAAGCUAAAUAUGACCUCUACGAUAUCUGAUUGACUAAGCUCAAUCAGUUGAUGGAGGAGAACCAACAAGAACAAAGCUCAAUCCUUCGAGAGAUUCAUUCCGGUGUUCAUAGCAUUGUUUCUGGAUUCUACGAUCACUUUAUGAUUGAAGAAUCUAACCAUAUCACAUUAGGAUCAAGCAAUUAUCUUGGGAGCCGCAUGCAAAUUGAUGAAGAUGACAAGGACAAAUAUGACAAAAUGCAACAAGAAAUCGACAGACUCAAUAAAGUUAACCAAGAAAUGAGAGCUGAUUUUAAUAAAGAAAAAGAAGAAAUGAAAUCAAAUAUUGACGGUUUGGAGAAAGAAAAUAAAGUAAUUCUGUCUAUGCUGAUCAAGCAUUCUAAAGGAGAACAGACAGGAGCUAAUCUUCUCAAGUCUCAGUUACCUCAUACAAGCAAUGCUAGGGAUGAAACAGGGGUUCCUCCAGCCUUCCAAGAAAGAACAACAGCUAGAGGUUUCCAAGAAUCUCCUCCAAAAAUUCCAAAAACAAAAGAAUUUACUUAUUCCAAAUACGGAGCUGGCAGCAAGAAGAAAACUCCAGCUGGGCCUCCUGCUGGAAAGAGGAAUUACAGAGGGGUUGGAGGCAACGUAGGGCAAACCCAAAUGCGAAACCUGUCACUCAAGCAACUCAACGACCUCAUCAAUGAUAUCUACGAAAAGAAGCUCAAAUAUGAUCAGAAAUGUGAGGAAGAUAAGCUUCCUAGAGAAACAAUGGAGCAGUACAUGUACACUUACUUGAAUCAAAGAUAUGGCCUCAAAAGUUUGAUUAUUGAAUGGGCUGCCUCCAUCAUCAAUGGAAUCAAAAAAUAUUCCAAAGAAGACCAUUCGAUCAGCCUCUAUGGAAAGAUCCUUAGGAAUGAAUGUGAUGAAGAGUUCAGAUUCAUCCAGAAGCAUGUUAGAGAGACCCUUGAUAUCUCUUUAAGACAGAUACUUAAGGAUAGGUUCCCAAAUAAAUCAGAGCAAGGAGUUCAAGAGUUAUUCGACCAAAUUACCAAAGGUUUUAUUGACGAUUAUUACUGGGCUAGAAUCAUAGAAAGAAUGUAUGAUGAGCAAGACUGAUACACUCUUGAAGAAAUGUUCAGGACCGUAAUCCAAAACAGACAACAAAGAAGAUACUCUGCCAAAGAGACUAGAAGUAAAUAAGAGGAAAAUGACAAGAGAAGAACGUCUCGCUCUCGUGUCUCAGAAGGACUCUGAUAAACUAAUGUUCAGCGAAUUUACUAAGGCAGUGCUUGACUUCCAACUAAGAGAGCAUGAGAAGUUCCUCUACAAGUUCAUUGUAAUAUUCAAGCAAAUAGAUACUGACAAUAAUGGAGUAAUUAACGAGGAUGAAUUUGUUGACCUUGUCAAAAGAAUGAGAGUUUGAGAGGAAAAUGAAGAAGAUAUUAACAAGUUCUUAGAAAUUGUAGACCCUUACAACAACCAAGAAAUAACAUUUUCAGAAAUAGUCCACCUGUUCUCUGCUCAUAUGGUGAGUGCUAACGAUCCUCUUGACCCUGAUAAGGAGAUACCAAUCCUUGAAAAGUUUGCUAAAGCAGAAAGUUAUGGAGAAAAUUAGACAGUCGAAAUAAAUAUUUCAAUUUAGUUCGUC